UUUAUUACCAGAAAGGACGGCUCCAUAUGGACAGACACUGCCGGUGUAUCACUACCCCCGGUGUUUAGUCACCACACGACAAGUGUUGACAAUUUUAAUCGUGAUAAUUAUGGUUUAAAGUCACAACUCAAACAACUAUCCAAAGACUCAUUAUGGUCGUCAUUGACCAGAAAACGGGGUAUUUUACCCUCAAACCCCCUAAACAGGGAGGCGUUGGACUUUUUCAACUCACUAUACCUGACAUCAGUGAUUGUGGUCACUCUACUCGCCUACAAUCGGUACAAACAAAAUCACUGGUUAUUUGGCACAAAAACAGACAUCGAGUUUAAUUUUCACACAAUAAACGAGACAAAACUUCAUAGAGUUAAUCAUUAUGUGUCGGAUAUUGAGAUAUCUCUAUACUGUUUACUACCGCUGAGGACAAUGUCCCGCAUUUGGGGCCAAAUCAACUCAAUCCCAUUACCCGUCUCUAUGAGAAAAGUGGUAAUUAAUGGUUAUAUCAAGAGUUUUGGAUGCAAUUUAGACGAAGCCCUGGACACGGAUUUAACUAAUUAUAAAAAUUUGAGCGAAUUUUUCCGCCGUUCCCUAAGGCCUGGGGUCAGACCUAUCCACCCGGCGCCCGGUGUGGUAAGCCCAGCGGACGGCACAGUACUACACUUUGGACAGGUAUGGGACGGGCGUAUAGAGCAGGUGAAGGGUAUUACCUAUUCAUUGCGGAAAUUCUUGGGCCCCCAGAUCUGGUGCCCGACUCAGGACAGUCCAAUUGACUAUCAGCGGCGACUACUAUUAAACAACAGCCCCUCCAACCCGACAGCCCUCUACUCGUGUGUGGUAUACCUAUCGCCGGGUGACUAUCAUAGGUUUCACUCGCCGGCCGACUGGUCCGUCGACUACAGGCGCCACUUUGCCGGACACCUGCUGAGUGUUAACCCCGGCGUUGUCCGACUGUUUCCCCAGUUGUUUACUUUAAAUGAACGGGUAGUCUAUUCCGGUCGCUGGCCGUACGGCUACUUCUCGAUGACGGCGGUCGGGGCCACAGCUGUCGGAACGGUUCGGGUCUAUUUCGAUGAGGAUUUGGUGACAAAUGAGAGGCAGUGGACAACCGGUGAUUAUCAGGACCGAGGGUUUACUGAUAGGGUAGAUAUGGUUAAAGGCGGUGAUUUUGGUGAAUUUAACCUAGGCUCAACUAUUGUACUCAUAUUUGAAGCACCCGUAGGCAUGGAGUUUCAUGUGUCGGCCGGACAGCGGGUAAAAUAUGGUGAAUUAUUAGCGAAGAUUUAG